AUGCUUCUUACUUUGCUGUUGGUCGGGCUCGGACUGGCCUCGCCGCCGCCGCGGACCGCCCGCCGGGCCGCCUCCCUCUCCACCGACUCGUACCGGUCAAGCUCCGGGUCCGUGGUCGGCGGGGGCUCGGCGUACGACUACGCGCCCAGCAUCAUGCUCGACGGCGUGUACAAGAUGUGGUGGUGCGGCCAGGUGCCCGGACAGCCGGUUGCCGGCGACAGCAUCCUCUAUGCAGAGUCGUCCAGCCCCGACGGCCCCUUCCACGCCCGCGGCAGCGCGGCCUCGCACCAGGUCGUGUUUGGGGGCACCGGCAGCGGAAGCUUCGACAGCGAGCACACCUGCGACCCGUCCGUCGUCCGCGCCGGCGGAGCGUACUACAUGUACUACGGCGCCGAAAGACGCGACGGCGAGCCCACCACGAUUGGCCCCAUCAUCACGCCCGCGAACCAGCAGAACACCGGCAACGCCUACGGAGCCGGCCAGCCGAGCGUCGUCUACCGCGGGGGCCGGUUCCAUCUCAUCUUCACCGACACCACCGGCGCCGGGGCGCUGGGCAACGGCGCCGGACAGUUCGCCUGGCGGUCGCCCGAUGCGACGUUUCAGCAAAACGUCGACGUCUUUACCGCCUCUGGCUGGCAGCCCAAGACGGACGCCAACUCGCGCAGCUUUUCCGUCGCCAACGCUUUCUCUGCCGACUGGCAGUUCUCCGACGCCCUCGACGCCUUCAUCGUCGCCCACGACAACGGCCCCGGGGAGACGACACUGACCUUGCUCGACGCCGAAAACCUUGCCGUCCACAAGUAUCCGCAGGUCGGCAUUCCGGGGCCGUGGUCCGAGGGGCCCGGCAUCGUCUCCCGGCCAGACAAGCAUUCCGUCGUCUCCGCCACCAACGACUGCGGGCGGGUUCCCGUCGACGUGAUCCGCUCGACUACGGGGCAACCGCCGCGAGAGUUGGCCCACAUUGGUGUCGACCUUGUCGGUGGCGCGAGCUGCGGCUCGAUUCCCGACCGGGUUGCCGCCAUCUACGAGGGAUACGGGAUGCAGGUCCCCGGCCUCCCGGCUGCCGUUGUGGUAGACGGCCUCCGACUGCAGAUCCAGAGUCUUGCGGUGUACACGGAUCUUACCCACAACGCAAUACAAGUCCCCCCGUCCAUCUACUUCGCUGUUCCGUAUGGUGCGUCGCUCCACGAGGGCGACGCGGUGUUGGGGGCCUCGGGUCUGCCUGGGGCCUUUCGGCUCGACAACAACACCCUCUGGCCGGUCAGCUGUCUUAAAAUUGUGACUGACAACCACUCGCAAAUCACAAUGAUAGACGCGGGAAGGUGGCUAUCGUAUGGGAGAGGACCGAGCCUGUUUUGUCUCAGCUGA